AAUUAAUUUUGUUAUUUUUUUAACAGAAAAAUGCAUGAUCUUAAGAAGAAAGUGUUAAAUAAAGAUCGUGUUGAAGCAUCGAUUUACGAGGCUAACAUUCUUUCAGAAAUUUCUUUCUUUUCUUUGCAUUAUUUUGGAUCUAAUAUACAGACCAGAUUGAAUCGCUUGCCAAGAAACAUUGUUAGCAAGAAUGAUAAUAUAGAUGGUUGUUUAUCUGUCUUUAGAAAUCGAGGUCAACCUCUAGGGGGGAGAAAUGCAUGGGCAAGCAAUGUCACCAAGGGAAUUAAAGGCAAUAGAACUUUAUGUUUUGCUUAACUGUUUUUCAAUUCUCAAAUGUAUUGCGGACUAUUGUCAGACCAAAUUGAAAUGAAAUGACAACUUGAGUUUAUUCCUUGGUUUAAAACAACGGUGAGUCAUUUAUUAUAGUAAUUUGUAUUAUUAAGGUUUCAAUUUUAAUUUUAAUAAAAAUAUAAUAUUCAAUACUUUUAUAACAAAUGUAGGUGCGUAGCAAAAGAUAUGAGGUUGAUCCAUGCUUAUUGACUUUAGUAACUAGACUAGCCAAUAAUGUUAAGGUCUAUAAUGGUUAUUGGGUUAAUGGAUUUUGGUUUCAUACUAUCUCAUAUGAAAAAACACAAAGACCAUGAGUAGUGGACUUUGUGGCAAGGGAACCACUUUAAAUGAUAAUGAGUUAGAUUAUUAUGGCCAACUGAAAGAAGUUAUCGAGCUUCAUUGUUUUGACUCGUCUAUUCCUCGAUCAGUGAUUUUGUUUAAUUGUGACUGGUGUGAUCUCAACAAAGGCAUUAUGAUCCAUUUGUCAUCUAGUAUAGUUGACAUAAAUCCUCAGUUUAAACUACAAACAAAUGAACCUUUCGUCUUAGCAAGUCAAGCCCAACAAGUGUUCUACACUUCUUAUCCAUCUAAAAAUCCUCAUAGGAAAGGGUGGUAUGCUGUAUGUAAGAUUAGGGCAAGAACAAUAAUUGACACUUCAUCUCUGGGUGAUGGUGUAAAUGAUUAUUAUCAGGAUGAUAAUCCUCUUAUGCCGCAGUUGGUGCAACCCUCAACUAUUAUAGAUGAUCGUGUUCCUUUAGCAUCUCCGGGAGGAGAACAAGUGGUGAUUACUAAGGACAUGCAAUUAUCUUAUGCAAUUGAAUGAAAUGAGGAAGAAUGUGUGGACAAGGAUGAUGAGGAAGGGGACGAGUUUGAGGGGGGAGAAACACCAAAAACAGAUGUUCCAAAUUACUUAACCGAGAGUGAUAAUGACUAGCUGUAUUUUGUUUGACCUUUUUAUUGAGCUGAGCAAAUGAUGGAUGGCUAUUUAUAUUUUGUUUGUGUUACUAAAGUAAGACAUUGUUU